ACCAUCCAUUUGUUCGGCCUCAAUAAACCCAAUUUAAUAAAUGUGAAACCCUGAAUAUUUAACGCACCAGAUCCCACACUCUGAUCACCAUUAAAUGCACUGUGCCACGUCAAAACGCACUCACUUCCACUGCAUGCAAUUGCCAAGUGUCGCGGCUGGAACAUUCUAAAUGCGUUAGUGGAAGACAAGUGGCAUGCGGAGAAUGGGCGUUCGUCCUGCGUGGGAAGGGGAAAUGAUUUUCUGAAAACUCUUCCCCUCCCUUCUGCAUGCUUCAUCUUCUUCCCUGAAAUUCUAAUUUCAAAUUCUCUGCCUUCUCUCUAAAACCGCCUCAUCUUCUCUCUAAGAUAACUCACCAUCAUCUCCUCCGAUCCCAUUUCAGAAACCGAAGGACCGUUCACGACGUUGUGAGCUUUCACUGGAACCAAACACGUUAGAGUUCUGUGAACGAUUUAGUGGAGCACUUGAGAAGCACGUUGAGGGUAGGAAACCAUAUUUGGACAAGUUAAAAAGCACUCGCUUAGGGAGUUCACUGCUAGACCAGGUCCUGUUGAAUCAUGGCCGAAGAUGGUGCUGAUACUUUUCCGGAGUUGCUAAGUGUGUACAGAGUGUCUGGUCCCAGAAGCAAUAGCAUUUCUGAUGACAGUGUUUCAAAGUCCUGCUUUUCUCAAAACUCUGUUCCAAAUGUUUGGAGAACUCCAAAUAUUAUUCAGAAGCUUAAGCUGGUAGAGAGGGUUAAUGGUGUAACGAGAGUGACUGACAGCAGUCGCCAGAAGUACAAAAGCAACUCUCUUCCUACGCAGGAGAAGAGCAAUUCUUUGUCUCCGGAGGACAACAGCAACACUCUUGGUACUCUGGCUUCUGAGGGAAGUGAAACUUUGAACGGCAGCAAUUUGUCUCCUCAGUCAGUAUUGAUUCCGACAUUAGAGAAAGAGUUAAAUUCAUCUACUGGAGUUGAUGCAACUACAUCUGCGGAUUGCGAAAAUGAUAAAUGCAAAAUGGAAGAAUCCCUAGAAAUCUGUGGUGAAAACAAUGAUGAGAUUGUUGACAACAUAUCUGACAUUGUCUCGGACAGUGAUGACGAUUGUUCUAUGGGUGGAAACUAUUAUAUGUAGUUCCCAGAAGUACAAGGAGAUUAUGCAGUUGGGGUCGGAGAGAGAGAAAAUAAUGAGAAUUCAUGAAGAGAAAUGGUUGGCUCUGAAGAAGAAACAGUGGCAGGAGCUGGUUGAACUUGAGAAGGAAUUAGAGAAUGAACUGACGCAGCUCAUGGACAAGUACGCUUCCAACUAGUCAUAAGAGAAAGACAUAUCUAAACUGAAUGGCUGCUGAGUAACAUUAUUACCAAAAACCAAAACAGGAGAGUGGCUAAGACCAGAAUCAUCUACUGACAUACACAUAUCUCUCAAGAAAUUGGCUUUUUUGGUUCUAGUCUUCAUUCGAAAAAUGAGAGUGACAUUUGACAAACCUCACUGACAUUAGAAUUUUGGUCUCAUUUUACUCUUAAAUGUAGUUUUUGUUCUUAUUGUAUUUUUUAAGUUUAGCAUUCUUUGCUGGCAAGUUUUCUGUACAAUUUUAUGUUGAAGUUAUUGUGUUCCUGUUGGAUAUUUUGUACGUAAAGUUUU